AGGAAGUGCGGGGCGGGGGGAGACGGCGCAGAGCGGUAGGGACUUUCCGUCGGGCUGGCGGUCGGCUUCGCCGGGCUGCAGCUGCCGCCCGCUGCCCUGCUCCCCUCACACGCUCGCAGGCAAGGGCCGAGCGCGCUUCACCCACAGCCUGUUGCCGGGACCUUGGCGGCGGAGGCUGGUGCUUGGGGAUAGAUCAGUCUGCGACGGGGGUGGCGUGGACUCUGCCUGCCCGGACGCACUCAUGCUCCAGCGCUUUGCAGAUGAACCGAUGACUGACUCAUAAUCUGAGAACUGCAGUGGCUUGUAGAAUAGGAAGCAGGAAAGUCUGAGUGCUUAGGCUUUAACUGAAUCAAGACCAGCUCUCAGCAGUGGGAGACAAUAUAUUAAUCCAUUGGAGGCACAGACUUCAGUCUUGUGCGUCACUGUGGUUUGUGUUGUCAGUUUUUUUCAUGUAAACAGACAGUGGAGAAUAAGCAUUCUGUGCAGGAUGACAGCUGGGAACAUGCUUCUGAGGUGGGCCCUUGGUGCUGAUCUGCUUAGUGUCAUCUGGGGACAUCGCUGCUCUGGUGCUAUGGAAUAGCUGCUCAGAUUUGUCAGAGUUCACCGGCACUGUUGGACUCUGUGAAACUAUCUUAGAGCAUGGACACCAGCAAGAAGACAGAACCCCCUUUAUCUGUAGAAAUGGUACAACAAAGGGCCAAUCCUGAUCGCAGUCCUUCGGCAUCAAUUUAUGUUCCAGAGCAAGGUGGCUACAAAGAGAAAUUUGUAAAUGCCGUGGAAGAUAAGUACAAAUGUGAAAAAUGUCACCUCAUCUUAUGCAAUCCUAAGCAGACUGAAUGUGGACACAGAUUUUGUGAGACCUGCAUGAAUGCCUUGCUAAGUUCUUCUAGUCCAAAAUGUACAGCGUGUCAAGAAAGCAUAGUAAAAGACAAGGUAUUUAAAGAUAAUUGUUGCAGGAGAGAGCUACUUGCCCUUCAGAUAUACUGCAGAAAUGAAAAUAAGGGCUGUAAAGAACAGCUGUCUUUGGGUCAGUUACUGUUGCAUUUGAAAACUGAUUGUCAGUUUGAAGAACUCCCAUGUCCUCGUGCUGAUUGCAAAGAAAAAAUACUGAGAAAAGAUUUGCCAGACCAUGUAGAGAAGACCUGUAAAUACCGGGAGACAACCUGUAAAUACUGUAAAAGCCAAGUCCCAAUGAUUAUGUUGCAGAAACAUGAAGAUACAGACUGCCCGUGUGUCAUGGUUUCAUGUCCUCAUAAAUGUAGUGUUAAAACACUCAUGAGGAGCGAGUUGAAUGCACAUUUGUCAGAAUGUAUUAAUGCCCCAAGUACCUGUAGUUUUAAGCGUUAUGGCUGCACUUUUCAGGGAACAAACCAACAAAUUAAAGCACAUGAAGCCAGCUCAGCAGUGCAGCAUGUUAACUUAUUGAAAGAGUGGAGCAAUGCUCUAGAAAAUAAGGUGGCCUUGCUCCAGAAUGAAAGUUUGGAAAAGAACAAGAGUAUACAAACUUUACAUAAUCAGAUUUGUAGCUUUGAAAUAGAAAUUGAAAGACAGAAGGAAAUGCUGCGGAAUAAUGAAUCUAAAAUACUUCAUUUACAGCGAGUAAUAGACAGUCAAGCAGAGAAACUGAAAGAGCUGGACAAAGAAAUCCGUCCCUUCCGACAAAACUGGGAGGAGGCUGACAGCAUGAAGAGCAGUGUAGAAUCCCUCCAGAACAGAGUGACUGAACUGGAAAGUGUUGAUAAAACUGCAGGGCAAGGAGCUCGAAACACAAGCCUACUAGAGACACAGCUGAGCAGACAUGACCAGAUGCUGAGUGUUCACGAUAUUCGGCUGGCUGACAUGGACCUCCGAUUCCAGGUGUUAGAAACUGCCAGUUACAAUGGGGUAUUAAUCUGGAAAAUUCGAGACUACAAACGUCGAAAGCAAGAGGCAGUCAUGGGGAAGACUCUGUCCUUGUACAGCCAGCCCUUUUACACUGGAUACUUUGGCUACAAGAUGUGUGCCAGAGUUUACCUUAAUGGAGAUGGCAUGGGAAAGGGGACGCACUUGUCGCUGUUUUUUGUCAUAAUGCGUGGGGAAUACGACGCGUUGCUUCCCUGGCCCUUUAAACAGAAAGUGACUCUCAUGCUGAUGGAUCAGGGGCCAUCUCGACGCCACUUAGGAGAUGCUUUCAAGCCAGACCCAAACAGCAGCAGUUUCAAGAAGCCAACUGGAGAAAUGAACAUUGCAUCUGGCUGCCCAGUCUUUGUGGCUCAAACUGUUCUAGAGAAUGGAACAUAUAUUAAAGAUGAUACUAUUUUUAUUAAAGUCAUAGUGGAUACGUCGGAUCUACCAGACCCCUGACAUACGAUGGGGGAGGCAGAUUACACAGAAGACAACUCCGUUUGGGGGUUUUAUAUCAGUUUGUCUUCAAUCGGAGGUCCUAAAGCUCACAGAACCACCUUGUGGAACAGAUGGAAGAGUUUGAAGGCAUAACUGCGUAGGGUCCAAUUGCGAAAGUAGCAACACAUUAAUAAAUCAUACCAUGGUAUAUUUUUUAAUAGAACUAGCAACACUUAAACUCUGAAGAAUCACUUAUCCCUCCUGAGGAUAAUGAUUAUGGUCAGAGAGGUUUGUUUUUUUUAACUUAUUAAUGAUCUAGUCAAUUGGAGGUGAAAAGACAUAUACAGUAUGUGCUGAAUAAAUUACUGACUUUUAUUUCUUUGAGCUAGAAUACAAAAAGAAAAACAAAAAACUCCACACGUGGGCUAGCUGGAAAUUGUCAGCAUGUGAAAAGAAGAAAUGAUGAAGUAAUGUUACACUUAUAUUAUUUGAAAAACUGAGGUGCAAUCUUGUCUGAAAUAUAGUAUAUUGUCUUUUUAAGGCCUCAUCUGGUCUCUGUUUUAGUAAUUACUUUGUCAGAAGAUCUUGGAGAAGUGUCCAUGUCUUCUCAAAAGUAUCUGAAUCAAAAUCAUAUUUUUAUUUAAAGUUCUAUUGUUACAAGAAAACAUUUUAUUUUAAAACUGUUGAUAGACUGAUAUUUCUUGGAAGAAAAAUAGAAGAUAUCAAACACUGGUUAUCACUUGUGAUAGGAAAACAAAAUACUCAAUUCUGUUAUUUCUCUUUAGAAAUGUAAACCUACAAUAUAUGUCGUAGUUAAUGACACUAUUUCAAAAUUAAGGAAAAAUCACUCAUGGAUGCUGUGCAUCAUUAUCAGAUUUAUAAUUGUUUUCACCCUAAAAUAGGGCAUUUGUUGAACUUUGGAGUUCUAAACGGAAUCCUGUACAUUUUUUAAAGUUCUGCCCCAUGCUUUCCAACCAAGCUAUAUAUGUUGCACAUUAUGCUGUCAGCAGUAUAUAGUCUUUUCAGUAUUGGGGAGGAGGAUUAGUGCUGAAAAAAGCCUAUAUGUUUGUUCUGUACUAGCAGCCAUUGCUUCUUAAGGACAAAUUAGCAAUGUCUUAAUAUAGUGAUGGUGGCUUGCAUGCAUACAUGUGCCUUAGAUGUGCUGUGCUGCUUAUCAACCAUAGCUUUUUAUUCAGAUUAACUCUGAUAUCUGAAGUGGUAGUUUAAUUGAACUUCAGGCACAAUGUUUAGCCUUGUCUUCAGAGCCCUUAGGUACCUUGCAAUGUACAAAAUGGAAGCCAAAGCCCAUUUCUUUGUCUUCUGGAGUUUCUGUGGCCUGGCCAUGGAGGAAUCCGUCUUAUUCAGGUGCCAAAACAUUUUGCCUGGUGCUCCUAUGGAGCUUGGACUAGACAGUCUCCAUGGCCACUGUGAAGGCAGGCAACAUUUCUCCUCCAGUGCCUGUGGUUGUAGUGUUGUAGCUUGAAACAGACCCAUCUGAGAACUCUGUGGGGCUGUGAAUGUAUAUGCUCAUGGCAGCUUCUCAUAGCAGAUGAGCAUCCUAACUGGGAGUGCAUGGGCUUCUUUCUGAUAACAGCCUGAACUGCAGUGGAAAGUGUUCGCUAGCCCUGAAACAUGCUGAUUGCAGCCUGCUGUGUUCAUCUGCUUCUGUUUAACAGCCUGUGAUAAGCAAGUCUAGAGACAUAGCACUCUGGUGCUCUUUAAAAUCCAAGAGCUGCUUUAGCAGAGCGGACUUGCACUACUGUUUUUAGCCUUUGUAGGCUUGAAAUAAAACAUUGCAUCUCAGCCUUUAAUGUCAGGUUGUAUCAGUUUUCUGCUUUUCCAGGCGUAAUCACAGUUUUCGUCUUAAGGUGCAGUUGAAUUCAUUCCUUUGUAUUUCAGCUUGUCUUUGCCAUUGUCUUUUUUGGCUGUGCCUUCACACACAGUGCCUGCAAGAAGUAUUUAUGAAUAUACAAUGCAUGCUAAGUGGUCUUCAUGGGUUUUCCAGGCACCUGCUAGAAUACUGCCUGCUGUUGACUGUCGCUACCGUCAGCAGCAACUUGUCUUCCUUUUCUUGCCUUCCAUUGUCCAGGUACUGUACUCCCUUUCUGGUACAUAGCUGUCAACAGGUGCAAGCUCAAAUAUGGAGGCAUGUGCUAGCAUUGACUUUCUAGCACAGAAGGAGGAUGUUCUGCACAAGAGAUAAAUAUCUACAGAUAUACCCGCAACUAUAUAUCUUUAGAUAUAAUUGUAUGGCACUUGCAGUUUUAUGCAGGCUGCAUAAGCAAACCCAUCAUGCUUUAGGGCGAAGGUUCGCUCAACUUGUGUCAUUUUAAUAAUUGUGAAUGUGGGCAGCUGAGCUUUUGUGUUUGUGCAUCACAGAAUUUUACUGAAAACAGGAUUCCCAAGUGGAAAUGUCCAAAGGACUCUCCUCCCAUUGCUAAUGCAUGUCUUACAAACUUAAAUGAAACCGUUUGGCCAUCUCAAAACAGUUGAUAUCCUGUUUCAAUCUGGGACUUGGAGGAGAUUUCUGGUAUAAGCAGGGCCCAGCAUAUUCUGCAGAUUUCUGACUACCAUUUCCAACUCCUGUGACAGAAUUGCGCUUCUAAAUCCAGGCUCUUUUAAAGAGGAGAAAAAAAAGUGUUUCCAGCCUUUGUGAUUGAAAGAGAGGACUUUGAAACAUGCAAAAAGUGUAAACUAAUGGGGAAGUCUUCCUGAGUCUGCACACAGCCUAAACAAGUAGCUUUAAGAGAUCUGAAUAUCUCCUCGUAGUGGGAUAUUGACUCAGAAACUUCCUAGAGAAGUUUAAAUAUGAACACUGCUAACUAUAUUAAUGCCAAUCACUGUAGCAGAAACAUCCGUCACUGUUAUAUUUCACAGAUCUCUAUGCUGCUUUCCACAUCUCCCAAGUGCCAAAAGCACCAGCUGCCAGAAUCUUCAGCUUCAUUUGGGCAGCUUUUAUAAUGCAGUAAUGUGCUAUCGAUAUGAAAAUAUUUUUGCAUAUAUGCUUUUUAUCACAGUUAAUAAAACGGAGGCCUACUGCACUUAUUUUUUACAACUACAUGAAGCUGCCAGAGAAUUUCCAGUUUGCCAACCCUGCGUACUGUGAAAUCCAAGAUCUUGCUACACAAACGUAGACACCGCCUGCUGUGGAAUACCUGAAGCCUUGACUGUAACACCCCUUUCUCCACAGAACUCUCGGGCCAUCUCUGUAGAGUUCUUACUGUGUACAUAGAAAUCGGUUUUCUCUGCUUUCCAGCAAGGAGUAUGUAGCAUUUUGUGAAAACAAGGCCACUGUAUAUUCUCUGUUCUUUAAAUUGAAAGGAAAAGAUACCUGGUGCUUUACUCAACACUUUAAAUUAAAUUACUGAACUUUUUCUCUCAUCAUCAAAAUGCCCUUUAUCCUCUUUUCUGUGAAGUGUUCCUGACCCAGAUAUCCAAAGUUUUCUAGGGACUGUCUGUUUAAAGUGAAUCAUGGGGCAACAUUCUAUCCCCACAGAUACUCUUAAAUCUCGGCUGACUCCUUUGGAAUGCCAUUGUUGCAAGGGGGUCCCAGAGAAUUUACAUCACUUUGAACAGAGUUUCUUCAAUGGAACCUUUUUUUUUCCUUCUGCUUAGUAAUUCUUAGCAGUGCACACCUUAAGUCUCUUGCUGUUAUGCUUUCUUAACCAUAAUGAUCCAAGUUAUGUACAAGCUUCUUCCUAUUCCAGCUUUCUCUAGGGAGAUUGCAGUGUGUGGCAAUCCAGAUGUUGCCACUUCUGUAUGCUCUUCAGCACAGGGUGAGUGUCUCUGUUACCCAGAAAGUCUUGAAUUCUAAACAGCAUGAAACCAUUUGGGUAUUUAAAGACCAACCUGCGAUUAUGAUGCAUGACCAUGUCUGCAUUGCUUCUCUGGUCUAAUUAAAGGGGUCUUGUUUCAGUUACUGUCUACAUGGUACACAUUCAACUGCUGACUUACAAUAUGCAAUGUUGAUUUCAGCUUUAUACUGUAAAUGCUCUUCACAGAGAGAAUGUGCAAUAGGAAAAGCGGAUGAGGAGUGGCAUAAUUUUGAUGGGGAAAAAAAAGUUGUGGGUAACAUACUGGCUUUCUUACAAAAUACAGAUGAUUUUCUUUUCCCAUGUGUGUUCCUGUUUUAAAAAGGAAAGUUGAAGAUAUGUACCUGUUUCUGUGCCUGGUGAAUUUCUCAAAUGCAAAGGUGAUAGAGAUUUAUGUUAGUUGUAAUUUUAAUGUUGAACCCAUGAAUGUCAGGUUGUGAUUGUAUCGCUUGUGUUUCUCAGCUUGCCACAGUUAAUGGCUCAUUGAGAUGGAGUUUAAAAGCUACCACCUAUUUGUAUCUGUAUUCCAUCAUGUGGAAUAGGCAUUUCACCAACAAUGCUGGGUUUCUGUUGUUUUGUUUAAUUUUUAAAACACUGGUGCUGUUUGGUCCAAGACAGAGAAGCAUAUAGGGAGUAAAUAGAAAAGUUGCCUGCACCACAGAAGAGUGGAAAAUGUUACUGCAGUAUUGAUGCCUUGAUAUGAUUUAACUAUGCAAAUAUACAAAUAGGUGUGGGGGGGAAAUGUUUGGGUUGCAUACCUAGUCUCUUAGUUGUUGCUCUGUAACUUACUCAUAUGUAUGUAGGUACAGACACAUACACACCAACACGCAUGCACAUAUAUAUGCAAAGUCUUUUCUUUAUAUAGAAGUGGUGAAACAAAACCCUUUCCUUCAAGUUAUACUUGAUCAGUUGGUGCAAAUAUAACUUACUGCUGCUAAGGGAAGAUCAUGGCUAAGGGCAAACUUUGGGUUCACAUCUUCCAGUUUUGAAAACCUGUAUAUAGCAAAUGAAACAGUUUGUCUAGCUUUUCUGAAGACCUUGGAAUGUCACCUAGGAGAGAUGUCCUUCCUCGUGCUCUGCUAAUUUGAAGAUUCUUGUAUUUUAAACAAACAUCGUUAUGGGCAACUUGUUAAUUACAAAUUCUUUACUUUGGGAAAAAAGGUGAUUAAAAAAAGCAACUGGACCUCUUCCUGGAAUUCUUAUCCUGUUCAGUCCAUACCUCUAUAUUCUAGUUGACCUAGAAAUUACAGCUACUGCAAUAAAAACUAUUUGUUUGGGAAUUCAGUCUGUCUGAGAGUAGUUUUUAGUGCAUUGUACAGUGAAGGAAGCACUUUGCAUCUGCAAACAUGUUUCGCUUAUAGCAAGUGCUUUUCUGGACAAAGGAAUUCAAGGAUGAGAUGUGAAGUGACUUGCCCAGAGUCAUGAAAGGAAGAUCCUGGAGAUGGGACUGAAUGGUGGUUCCAGUUCCCUAAUGUUAUCUUCAGGUCACUAGGUUUUAAUACAUUUGUCCCCAAAACAAGUUGACAUACCUUAAAGACCCACAUCAGGACAGUAAGGGCUAGAAUUAAACAUACAAGCUGUCGUGAUUUGGGGUUCUACAUGUAUGGUAGUCCAGAUGUUAAUGCUUGGUGGUGUUUUGCAUGGCCUGCAGAGUGGAAGGCCAGCUCAAUGUGUUGGUGUGAGUAACAGCAGUAAAUGUGUGUCCUGCUCUAUAUGUUCAGAAUUGCCCAACAAAGUGAGGCUCACUUGAUGCUCCUCUAAACUGAGGAUGGAGAAUGCCAUUCUGAAGUGAAGUGGCACUUUGUUCUACCAGCAUGUAUCAUGACUGACCAUUUCUUUCUUGUGGAGCUUUCUCCCUUUUUCUUUAAACCAAAAUAUGGAGGGCUUAAUUGUUCUUUCCUGCCUUUUAAUCCAUCUUUGCUGACAAGCGUGAGAUAGAAAGGUUGUGGAAAACUGUGGACUGCUGAUUCAGGGACAUCCUAUUAACAUUUAGAAAAGCAGAGGU